ACGCGAGGCCUCCAAGCGCGCAGAGCGGCGCCUCGCUGCCCGGCUCAUAGCGGAAGGAGGCGCAGCGUGGCCGGAAGGGAGCGGGCGGAGGUGCCGCCAUGAAGCCGGCGGUAGACGAGAUGUUCCCGGAGGGAGCCGGCCCGUACGUGGAUCUCGAUGAGGCAGGGGGAAGCACUGGGCUGCUGAUGGACCUGGCCGCCAACGAGAAAGCGGUGCACGCUGACUUCUUUAACGAUUUUGAAGAUCUCUUUGAUGAUGAUGACAUCCAGUGAACUUAGUUGUCCAGCUAUGCAGUGCUGAGAUGUGGAUUUUUCUCCAGGAUCGCUUGUGGUGUCCAUUAUUUAUUAAAAUAAUCAAAAUGGGAAAAUCACAGAGGGGGAAAAAACCUGCAUAAGCUGCUUGGGGAAAUAUGAAAACCAGAUGGCUAAAGAUAACUGAGGAGGGAAUUGUAGACUGUUAUUUCUAGGAAGCUGUGUAGAGUUUUCUUAAAAUUUUACUUGCUGAUGUGCUUAUUCAAUAAAAUACUAAAAAACCCCACA